AUGUCCAUCAACCCAACCAUGAAGUACACAACCGUGCCCUACAAGCCCAGUGGGCUGAAGGUCAACGGAAACAACAGCAAUGAAAACGGAAACGAAAACGAAAAUGAAAGCAGUUCAGGCAAUAUUAACAAUUCUAGUUCCAAUACUAAGAAUGUCACAGCCAAGAAGAAGAGAAACAGAGCCAGAGGCAAUGCCCAUGGCAACCAACAAUAUGAUGCUACUUCGUCUAUUUUCUCAGACUACGACGACUUGGAUUUGCAUGAAGACGACAACUCGCUGUAUAUCUUGUUUAAUCCCAUUAAACCUUCGGCCAGAGCUGGAAACACAGAGUCUGAUAUCUUAUCUUUGACUGAUACUCUGAACACACAUGAUAACGUGUACUACUCAGAUGAAGACGAGGAGUAUUCAGACGAGGAAGAAGCCGAUGCAGACAUAGAGCGAGAUGUCGCAGUCCGUGAUGUCAUCGAAGAAGAUGACGAAGAGCAUGAUAUAGACGAGUCUCACUAUAGAGGCAACUCCAGAUGGAAGAGACACCUCGAUUCGACUAUCACGCGCAGCGAACCCAUAGUCAACAACAACAGCCUUCUGAACAAGAUACAGAGCUGGUACCAGCUGUCGAUGUCAGAGCACGCCUUUGUGGACGACAAUAUCGCCAGCUGGAACCUUGACGAGAACUUGAUGGAAACCAGUAGAGAAGUAGAGGUGGCAGUAGAAAGCCAAGAUCCCACCAAUAAAUUGCUUCUCAACCAGUUCUAUGGCGACGAGUUGUUCAAGUACUUUGAUCAAGACGAGUUGGACAAGUUCCGCAAGUUCAACAAGUUGAUCGAUAUCAGAAAGUUCUUGUUGGAAAAGAAUAAUUCGGCAGCUACAGGUGCUGCACCUUCAGCAUUGAGUCAGUUGAUCUACAAGUUGUUACUUUUGAACAGAAAGAACACAGAAACGGUUAUAGACACUAAUAUGGAAUUUGCUGGCUUUGCUGGCAUGACAGACUACGUUAAUUACAUGAGCAAUACAGCAAAUAUUCCGGCCAGAUCGGUGUUGGUUCAUCCUACGACAUUCUCAGACACUACAGGAGGCUCGUCGUUGGUAUUAUGUGGAGGUGUAGGCUUUGGUGGAAGUGCUUCGUGGAAUGAUAUAUAG